AUGCAGGAUAUCUUAGAGUCGCUGAGAAAAAUAUCAGCAUUUUGUCCCAAAGAAGAAGGCAAAGAAUACAUCAAUCAUAUUGACGGGAAUUCCACCAAUAAUAAAGCAUCAAAUCUCGAAUGGGUGAAUCAAAAGGAAAAUAAUCAACAUGGUGUGCAUCUCAGACUUGGGAACCAACGUGUUGUUAAGCAAUUUUUCAAUAAUGGUUUUUCCCGAAAAUUUUCAUCUUUAGCUGAAGCACAACAUAUAACUGGAAUUGAUAAGUCAAAUAUUGGUAAUGUUUGCAAAGGACGUCUAAUCCGUGUCGGAGGGUGUCAUUGGAAUAAAAAUUAUAUUUUACCCAUUCCUUAUCGUCUAUAUUUGAGAGUCACCUGUGAACUUAAUAAUGAACUAUUUACUCUUUCUGUUGUUCAAAGUAUAACAAAUCCAUUGCAACCAGGGUUCGUUUGUACAUGUAAAGAAAAGAGACCAACAAUAAUGGGAUUUUAUAAUAAUAAUAUUGUAGAAAAAUUAGUGGAAGAUGUAAUAUUUUUUCCAAUAUUUAUUAAUGUUGAGUCAUUUUUAAUUGUAAUAACAAGUAUUGGUUAUUCAGAUAAUAAUGAAUUUAAUGGUGCAGGGAGUGAAUUUUCUUCUUCAAUUAUAACUAAAUUUCGGGGAAAACUAUCUAUUAUUUUACAACAGAUUAAAAAUAAUGUAUGUAUUCUUGAUAUUUAUCAAGAAUCAAAAAAAAAUAUUCAAUAUCAAGAUGAAACACCAAAUAAUGUAUGGAAAAAAUCUAGAAUUAAUAAAAAAUUUGAUGGAAAUGAUUUAUUUGGAAUUACACAUCCAAUUAUACAAUCUAUUUUACAACAACCUUCUAAUAACCGUCAUAUAUGUACACCAAAUGAGUGGAAUAAUUUUGAUAUUCUUCAACAAGCAUUUGAUUAUCAUAUAAAACCUAGAAAAAUUACAACAACAAUAUUAUUAGAUUGGAAAAAAUUAUUUGAUGACGAAUUACGUGCAUGUAAAGCUAUAUUCAAAUCCUGUAGAUGUUCUGAUGUUACUUCAUUUGAAAAGGAUAUUUCUGAUAUAGAAUUUUGGAAUAGGGCAAUAGAUCCAAUUGUAUUAAAAAAUAAUAAACGUGGAAUAGAUGGGAAAAUUCGAAUUUUAUCUAUAAUAGCUGAUAAAUUUUGUUAUAAAGAUCUUAGGGAAAAAUUACAAGUUGGUUCAACAAGCAUUAAUUCAGCACGUAAGCAUGCUAGACUUAAUGGUCCAGGUGCAUCACCUAUUUCAAAACCUCAACAAACAUUGAUAUCAAUAUGGAAGGUUGCUAUUGAUCAUGGAAACCAAAUGAAUGAUAAAAAUACAGAAGAUGCUAUUGAUCACGAUGACCAAAUAAAUAAUAAAAAUAUGGAAGCUGUAUUUAAAGAGCAAGCCACAGAAGCAGCACUUCGAAAAUUCGACCUCGCUAGGCACCGCUUGCUUGCGAUCGAUCGAAAGGAAGGAAGUCAAGAAGUAAACCGUAUGGGAAUUAUUAUUGACAAAGAAAUAUCACAAGAAACAUAUCUUAAGUUUUGUUUAAACGAACCUCGUAUUUCUGUUAAUUACUGUCUAAUUGAUGGAAAGAUUGAAGUUUAUGAAAUGCCUACCAAACCUCAUGCAAUAGUACAAGGAGAAUUAAUUUAUUUGAUGAGAAGCUGGAGCAAUCAAUUGCAAGUCUUGGUCGAAAAUGAUAUCGUUGUGAAUACAAGAAGUGUCUAUCGCUGCGACGCUUGUGUUGAACCAAUUAAUCGUCAACUACCUCAACCCACACAGGCAGGACAGUCAUACCCAACUUUAGUAGUAGAAAUUGGAAAUGUAGAAAGUGUAAACAGUUUACAUCGUAAGGUUGCGGGAUAUUUUUCCCCCCGUACCGCGAUUCAAGUAUAUUUGACUAUCAAGCUAUUUCCUCGUCAUCAGAAUAAUACUGUCGCAUUACUUGCGAUGCUUUAUUUACGCAACAAUCAAAUUCCUGUAAUCGUAAAAUCAUUUGAAACGGCAGGUCUACAUAUUUCUGUAUUAAAUUAUCUUCGAAAUACUAUAAAUGUUCCAGCCAAUAUAAUUACUGGAGUUGGAUUUGGUGCAGGUCCUUGCAAUGCUCCUAAUAUCCAAGAUUAUCAAGUAGCCAUUCCUACCAAUUUACUUUUUGACGGUGUUCCAGGUGGGGUUCUCGUUGGUUUGCCCGCUAAUUUCAAUAUAGAUUUAUUUAAUUUGCAAACCGUAUAUUUGAGAACAAUUGCUUUGAAUUAG